CGAGAUGGAAAACUUUAAACUUCUUCAACUAAAGUAUCCUCAAAACGAAUCGAUGCAGAGGAAGUGCCUCAAAGCUAUCAUUCUUUCGAUCUCGAAUAAAAUCCAUGAAAUCAAAUUGGGCUCUCGUUUGCAGUACAAUGGCUUUAAGCAACAAACUGUUUGGGAUGAGAAUCGAUUGGCAUAUCUAAAGGAGUUUUUUGAGAAAUUGUCAAUUUCUUUGAAGGAUCUUCGUCAAUAUUUAAAAACUAUGCACGUUGAUGGAGAUGGUGAAAUUAGUUCAUGUGAUAAGGUAUUCGAAAAACUUCAACAACUUAAAGAGAGAAUCAAAUCAAUUAUGCAAACAAGAGUUCAGGACGAAUGGCCCGAACUGCAUUUACUUAUGUGCCUGGGAAGCGGUAAGGGUGCAAGUAAGGAUAUUGGUAUCUGCAAGCUGGAACCAAGACACUUUGCUCAUUCCCAAAAUAUAGACUGCAAAGGUCCUGGGUGUGAUGUUCCGAUGAACUUUGUUUUUAAGGACCCAACGUGUGCACAUACCUGCAGGGACUGUGGCUGCGUACGAGGCAUCGUCUAUGGGUUUAUUCGAAUUGCCACUGAAGCUGAACAACUUGAUUUUUCCAUCUCUGACGACUGGGAACAAAAAGAGCGGUUCUACUAUCAUCCUAGAAAUCAAUCGAGUUAUAUUUGCCGUGUUUAUGUUCAUCAAGCAAAAAUUCGUCCUGGCGCCGACAAAACAGGAUUGUGUGAUGCCAAGUUAAUAAUUUUGAGCGGCGAUGAGCUUCUCGAAACUCCCACAAUCUAUAAAUCACUGUCUCCAGUGUGGAAUUCUUCGGUGACGUUUGCAGGUCGACAAAUGCCUGGGCCCAUAAAUUGGUAUGAACAAAAUCCACCCUUAUUAGCUCUUCAAGUUUAUGACAUAGAUAAUAAUAAGCAAAGUGACUAUUUGGGUUGUGGACUUGUUGAAUUAUCAGUUAGGAGCUAUUCAAAUCGAAAGGAUUCAUUGGACAUACAUUUAAAGGACAGUGCAAUGCAGUCAAUCACCGACACGGGUGACGAUAACUCAUCACAUCAAAGUAACAUAAGAUCGGAAGGCAACAUUUACAGUAAAAGUCCAAUUCUAAGUUUGAAAAACCUUAUCAAGACAAAAAAUGCUCUUAAAGAGCUCAAAGACAUCAAAUAUCAGUCUCCGCCUUUGUUGAAGUGGGUACCUAUAGCGGCUAUGGGCGCUACAAGGGUAGAAGUUUUGAUUUCCGGAGAAUUAUUACAAUUAAGAGAAAAUGAAUCUUUUAAUGAAACAAAGACGAUAUUAAGUCAAGGACUUCCUAAGGAAAUACAGCCAAUAAUGUCGAAAUAUUUUUUUGAAGUAACAUUUAUUGGACUGAGAAAUUGUCAAAAGCUAUGUUGCUCUAGCUUAGGACGGUACAAGAUUUAUAUUUUAAUGGGUGAACUUCUACUCAAAAGCGGUAUUUCUGGGACAAGACUCAAGAAUAGUAUUAAUUUUUUGGAGAACUAUGCUGCAGGAGUUAUAAAUCUUCCAGGUCAAAUUGAGUACUGGCCAGCAAUAAUUGCUACUCAUAUUGACUCCCCUAAUCGUGGCCGUGAAAUUACUCUUGGUGCAGCUAUAAUACCAAAUCCCAGAAAAUAUCUAAGAAGCCAAGUCGAAAACUGUGAUUUAGAUGAAAAUGAUGAAUCAACAAUUGUUCAGAUGGGUGAAGGCGACGAGGAGAGUUCACCUUUAUUACCAAAAAAAUCAAUUUUAAAGAAAAGUUUAAUAACCCGUGGUAAAAGCUGGUUUGUUCAUAUGUUUGAAAAAAGACAUUUCGGAACUAACAAUCAAGUUCUUCCGCGAUCUCGAAUUGAAGAAUCCGAAUUCAAUUGGUGGACAAAAUUUUAUAAUUCAAUGUACAUGCAACAAAAAAAUAUAGUUUCUACAAACGGCAAACACAAACUUGUGAUUUAUGACACAGAACUUGAGAAACAAUCUGAAUUCAGUUAUCUCUCCGAUUGGGCUGAAGCUUUUCAAUUAGUUCAUGGGGUUAAAAUGAAAAAGAACAAACCUCCGAAAGAAGAAGUUUAUGCAACUUUAAAAAUGCAUUUCAAAAUAUCACCAUGUAACUGUAAUUAUAACAAUAAUAAUGCCAGUUCUGUUACACUUAAUUCGAUACCAAGCAAAAUGUCUGCCAAGUUUCGAUCUCUUUCAACGUUAAACGAACAAACUAAGGUUAUUGUAAGAAUUUAUUUGGUGCAGGGCUUACAAUUUAGAUCACAUGAUACUCAUAGUCAGUCAGAUUCUUAUGUCAAAUUGCAAUUGGGAUCUAACACGGUGUCGGAUCGGGCGCAUUUUAUACCAAAUCAAUCAAAUCCGAUAUUUGGGAAGACUUAUCAAAUGGAAGCUCAUAUACCAAGAGAGCACAUCCUGCAGGUAUCCAUCUUUGACCGUGGAAGUUUUCAUGAUGAUUUAAUUGGAUCUACAUUUAUUGAUUUAGAAGACCGCUUGAGGAGUAAACAUCGUGCUACUGUUGGCAUUUCCAAUGAGUUUGAUAGAUCGGGAUAUAAUAUAUGGAGAGAUGCUUUGACUCCAUAUGAGCUAUUAAGAGACAUUUGUAAGAAAUAUAAUUUGGGUAUUCCGUUGUUUUCAAAGAAUACAAUCGAACUUGAUGGAGUUAUUUUUGAAGAUACAACUGAGAUAUCAACUGAUGAAGACCUUCAAGAACGCUUAAGUUUGAGUGUUUUAAAGAACAUCCAAGAGCUUCCAUCUAUUGGUUUUCGUCUUGUUCCGGAACAUGUGGAAACAAGGUCCUUAUAUCGCAAUGACAGACCUGGGAUUGAACAAGGAAAACUUCAAUUAUGGAUUGAAAUAUACGAAGUAUCAAAUUAUCUUCCACCACCUAUCGAUAUAACUCCCAUGCCAGCAAAAAUCUACGAACUUCGAAUUAUAAUUUACAAUUGUUCCGAUGUUAAAUUUGAUGACAAAAAUGUUUUUGGUACCAAAAUGAGUGAUAUCUACAUCAAAGCAUGGUGUGAGGAUUCAGAAGCAUCACAAUCUACAGACGUUCAUUAUCGCUCAUUGACUGGUGAGGGUAGUUUUAAUUGGCGAAUGAUAUUUCCAAUUAAAUAUUCCACCAUCGAAGACAUGAUGAUAAUCAAACGGAAGAGUGGUCUGAUUCAAGAGCAAUACGAAAUUAAGCAACCACCUAUGGUGUAUUUACAAAUUUGGGAAAAUGAUUCAUUUUCCGCGGAUGAUUUCAUGGGUGCCAUGGAAAUAUGUUUAUCAAAUUUCCCCCAACCAUUCGAUAGCAAAAAUAAAUGCACCGAGAGCCAAAUGAAAAACAAAACGAAGUCAGUGAACUUAUUUCGAGAUAAAAUGAUCAAAGGUUGGUUUCCAUGUAAAGGUCCUUCAGAACGAGGAGGAAAUCCUAGAAUGGCUGGAAAGCUGGAACUUGAGUUAGAAAUUCUAACUGAAAGUGAAGCUGCAGCAAAUCCUGCGGGACUUGGUCGGAAUCCACCCAAUGCUUUACCAGCACCAGAUCGUCCAGAAACAUCAUUUAAUCCGCUUACAAAUCCACUUAAAGCUAUAAAACAUAUUCUAGGACCUGCGAUGAAAAAAUGUUUGUGUUAUUCUUUGAUUGUUGUGGUAGUUUUUAUAGUGUUGAUGGUGGUUUUGGAAGAUUUGCCACAAAUUGUAAUGAAUUUUAUUUCGGAUCUAUAGUUAUUCUUCCCAUUUGUUUGUAUGUAUUUAUGAAUUUUCAAAUAUAAAACGUU